AUGGUGAUGCUGCUGCUGGUUUCCGUGGUAGCACUGUGGAUGCUUCCCCGGGAAGUCUGUGCGUGGGUACCUCCCAUCUCGCCCGAUAGACAACUCAAUACAGAAUGGGAGUCGGUCCAUGACAUGAGGAGACGAUUGCAGGUCUCGUCCAACUACACACCGUCGGCAUUGCAUGCCGAAAGUUGCCGCCAUUUCACAGACGCACAAUGUCAAAGUGCCGAUCAGGCCAUGCGGGCACACGCACAAAAACAACGGCACAAAUACUCCCUCUACGGUCAAGCCGGAAAUCGACAGGGCACCACCGUCAAAGUACUGGUACUGCUACUCACAUUUACCGAUCAUACCAAUCGUCCCAAGGUGGCCAAGGCGGAUAUUGAAAAUCGAUGGAAGUCGUUGGUCAAGGACUGGUUCCGCGUCAACAGUCACGGCAACUACAACAUUGAUCCCUACGUCACCGAAUGGAUUGUCACGGACAACUCGGAAUCCCACUAUGCUGCAGGGCAAUCGGGAUUCACCACGGACCUCCACAGAAUGGCAUGGCCUGCUUUGAAUCAGUUGGAUAGAACUGCUGGGUGGAGUUGGCAAGACUUUGACCAAGAUGGGGACAACGAGUUGGACAGUGUCAUCAUGAUCCACAGCGGUUAUGAGGCUUCCAUUACGGCCAAUGAUCAAUAUGGGACUCCCUAUGCAAACCGCAUUUGGGCGCAUGCGUAUGCACUGGGGUCCAGUGAAACAUCCUGGACGUCUCAAGAUGGCUCCGUAUCCAUGAAAGUGUACACCGUCGCAUCGUCCUUGGAAGGCUUGACGGGGACAGAUAUUGCCACCAUUGGAGUGACCUGUCAUGAAUACAUGCACACCUUUGGAUUGCCGGAUUUGUAUGACCUUUCGGACCGGACACUUCCCGGAAUUGGGGAGUUUGGCAUCAUGGCAUGGCCCUAUGGUCCCAAUGAUAAUGGGAAUCUUCCUGGACAUUUGAAUGCCUGGAGUCAAAAGGAAGUGGGGUGGCUGGCACCAACUGUCAUUCAGAAUGAUGGAAUCUACACAUUGGAGCCGCUGGAACAAAACUCGAAGGCAUAUGAAAUCACCCUCAGUGAGUUUGGCUCCAUUAGAGAAAACCUGCUGUUUGAGAACCGGCAACCGCUGGAGUUUGAUGCAGAUUUCAAGGGAGCUGGCCUUGUGAUCUAUCACAUUGAUAAUUCUGUCAAUGGUCAAACCAAUUUGGGAUAUCCUGGCCAAUCUGGGUGGCCAGAGAAUGGCUUGCACUAUGAAGUUGCUCUGUUACCAGCAGAUGGAUACUAUGAUUUGGAAAGGGGAAACAACCGAGGUGACGCUGGUGAUAUCUGGCAACCAGGACAAGAGCUGGGAUCUGGACAAGGCAAUACAGUCUUCCCCAACACAGAUGUCUACUCGGGUGGCUUUGUCUUUGAAUCAGGGUACACAAUAAAAGUCUUGGCAAAUGAAGGCCAAAAUGUCAGGUUUGAAGUCAUUGGUGUGGGCCCAGCCAUAACACCCAGUCCUACCCCAGGGGCAACAACAGCACCACCUUCUCCUGCUCCGACUACGGCAAAGCCUACAGCUAGUCCUACCAAGACCCCAACAACAGCACCACCUUCUCCUGCUCCGACUACGGCAAAGCCUACAGCUAGUCCUACCAAGACCCCAACAACAGCACCACCUUCUCCUGCUCCGACUACCGCAAAACCUACAGCUAGUCCUACCAAGACCCCAACAACAGCACCACCUUCUCCUGCUCCAACUACAGCAAAGCCUACAGCUAGUCCUACCAAGACCCCAACAACACCACCCCCUUCUCCUGUUCCAACUACUGCAAAGCCUACAGCUAGUCCUACCAAGACCCCAACAACAGCACCCCCUUCUCCUGCUCCAACUACAGCAAAGCCUACAGCAAGUCCCACAAAAGCACCAACAACAUCACCACCUUCCCCUGCUCCAGUCACGGCAGGCCCAACAGCCAGCCCAACAAAAAAACCAACAACAUCACCACCUUCCCCUGCUCCAGUCACGGCAGGCCCAACAGCCAGCCCAACAAAAAAACCAACAACAUCACCACCUUCUUCUGCUCCUACCACAGCAAGCCCAACAGCCAGUCCUACACUUGCUGCAACAACAGCAGCUCCUUCGUCAUUGCCAACUACAGGCGGCCCUACUGUUAGUCCAACAAGAAUCCCAACAACGUCACCACGAACUGGUGCCCCUGCGACUUCUACUCCUUCAGCAAUUCCGACAACAGGAGCAACCACAGGGUCACCGUCUGUUGCUGCUACGUCAGGGAUUCCUUCAUCAGGAGCAACGUCAGUGACGCCUUCUGUUGUUGCUACUACCGUCACUCCUACCCUGGGCACUACUUCAUUUACACCUUCCAUUGUUGGCACAGGUGCAACAUCAAUGAGACCUUCCACUGCUACUACUACAACGAAUCCUUCACUGGGAGCAACAUCAGUAACACCAUCCUUUGUUGGCACAGGCGCAGUCUCGAUGAGACCUACAUCUACUGCUACUUCAAUUUAUCCUUCACUGGGAGCAACAUCAGUGACGCCAUCUUUUGUUGGGACUGGCACUGUUUCAAUGAGACCUACUUCUACUACCACUUCAAUAUAUCCCUCACUUGGAGAAACAUCAGUGACACCAUCCUUUGUGGGGACUGGUGAUGUUUCACCUAGACCCACAUCUGCUGGUACUACAUUGAAUCCCUCUAUGAGCACAACAACAGCAGCACCCUCUGGAGCCGCCACCACAGUGAGUCCAACAUUAAGGGCAACAUCAGUGUCCCCUUCUUUAGUUGGGACAUCGGUAUCCCCUUCACUUGUUGGGACAUCAGUGAGUCCUUCUACAACUCCGCCAGCACCCCAACCUUCCCCUUCCCCAACAUCAAAUCCACCAACAAUCCAACCAUCCAUAGUCACUGCAAUGCCGACCAAAGCACCAACGACAAAUGCACCCAGCAAAGUCCCAACUAAGACGCCAACAACUCCAAAGCCAACAGCGUUCCCCCCGCCACCACCAAAUCAACAUCAAGCAGUCCGUCCUUUCCCGCCAUUUUGGUUUGGUAAUGGAAGGGAGUCUCCGCCAACACAAGUACCAGGCAAUGUCUUCAAUACACCACCAAGGGAGUCUCCACCAACACAAGUACCAGGCGGUGUUUUCAAUACACCACCAAGAGAACCAACUGCAGUUCAUCAUGCAAAUGGGCUUCUUGACACCUCGGCACAAGAUGGCUUAGUAGAUACAGACGGGGAAUUCAUGGAAGAGUCUGUGGGGGUCACAAGACCUCCAGGAUCUGUUAGUGGCGCACCUGUAUCCAACGAGCCUCCUACCUCUGAGGCUGGAUCUCGCGAAGAGCCCGUUCUUAUUGCAGCCGGCACCUUCGCAAGACAUCCAUCAUCUGCGGGAACAGGACAAGACGAUGUCACUGGCACCAGAGGAAGACCUCCCGUGUUUUAUGCUAGUGUUGAAUACUCCACCGCCAGCCCUCAUGCCAAAGCCAUCUCAUGCCUCCGGUGGUCUGUCUUGUUUACCGCUUCAACCACCCUGGUGCUGUCGCUGUCAGCGGGUGUGACCUUGCGAUAG